AUGAUUGCUGUAGCCAACGAGAACUGCAACCCUAUCGAAAUUAGAAAGCUUUUAGAGGAAGACCCAUCCAUGUUAAACAAAAAUAAUCUCGCAGGAGACACUCCUUUGCAUUUCGCUAUAUGCCAUGGCCAUAGCGUGGAAAAUGUGAUUGAACUCUUAAAACAGGGUGCCCGAGUUGAUAAUGUGCAUUUUAACACAACUCCUUUACACACAGCAGCUGGUAGAAACAGCCAUCUUCAAUAUGCUAUGUUAAAAGUUCUACUUGAAUAUGGAGGACAAGUUAAUAAUCGUGAUUUCCAUAAUCGUACUCCUUUACAUAUUUUACUGGAAACGAUGAAAGAAGAUUUUCAAGAGCGCUCACUUUAUCUUCUAUUAUCAAAUGGCGCAGAUGUCAAUGCAAUUGAUAAUGAAAAUAUUAGUAUUCUCAAAGUAGCUCUCAUGAACCCUUGUAUAUCUUUAAAUUCUAUAAAAAUGCUACUAGAGUUUGGGGCUAAUGCUAAUGACUGUAUAGGGUACUCAGUGAGAGAAUUGCCUGUAGCAAAGCUUUUGUUACAGUAUAUUCUCAUCAAAAGAAUGGCAAAGGCUGAACUAGAACCAAACUUAACUGAUUUUAAUACCUAUUCUUCUUUGUUGCCAAAAAAAAUUCUUGAUUUAAAAUUUUGUGAGCAUUUACGAUACUAUCGUGAGUUGGUUGCAUACAGAAAUGGUUGUAUAAGAGAAUUGAUUGCAAUGAGGGGAGAAAGGAUAAGUAAAAAUUGUACUCUAUUUUUGUACAUAAAUGAGCGCUGCAGUUGUGCAAAAGUAAAUGAAGAUGAUUUAAAGACAUCUCUAACUAAAAAAGUUUUAUCAAAAUUUAAUCAAUACCCUUAUUGUAAAGAUCUUAUUACUGCUUCUUUGAAAAAAAGGUGCAUAUUAGAAGAAUUAUGUAAUGAGAAAAUUUACACUUGGCAGCAGAUAUCUGAUUGUUCUUUAGAAAAAUAUAAAGUGCAUUUAAACAGUGAUACAAUUCAAACAUUGGCAACAUAUUUAAUUAAAAGUGACAUGAUAAAUCUCACUCUAGCCUACAGAUAUGGUUAUGAAGCUUCUUUGGAAUUAACAAAGAGAGUAAAUUGUGAAAAACAUAAUUUAGAACACCAUACAAAACGUCAAAAAGUUCCUUAA